CGUUAAAUAAAAUAAAUUAGAAAGCUAUCUAUCCAGGUGGAUUAGGGUUUUUGCCUCGGCUAGCAGUAGUAGCUAAUUUGGACGCAGGAGAUACGGAGUAGGGCGAACCGCGAGGAGAGCAAGCUAUGGGCGCGCCGAAGCAGAAGUGGACGUCGGAAGAGGAGGAUGCGCUCCGCCGUGGCGUUCGCAAGCACGGCGCCGGCAAAUGGCGGACCAUCCAGAAGGACCCCCAGUUCAGCCCGAUCCUCUCCUCCCGCUCCAAUAUCGACCUCAAGGACAAAUGGAGGAAUUUAAGUUUCAGUGCAAGUGGACUGGGAUCGAGUAAAGUACGGGUUCCAAAGAUAACUGGAUCCUCAUCUUCACCAUCAUCUAGCUCACAGGCUCUGCUUCUCCCAGCGGCAAAUAAUGUUACAGAAGCUAUGCUGCCUGCAGAUGCUGACAAAAAGCCACGGGAUGGGAAAACUCCGCCAAAGUAUGGUGCCAUGAUUAUGGAAGCUCUUUCGGAAUUGAAUCAGCCGAAUGGUUCAGAUAUUGAUGCAAUCUUCGACUUCAUAAAGCAAAGGCAUGUGGUGCAAUCGACCUUUAGAAGAUUUCUACCCUCAAAGUUACGGCGACUUGCAGACUCAAACAAAAUUGAAAAGGUCGAUAACUUCUAUAGGCUCCCAGAUUCAUUUGCAACAAGGACUCCAGCUCAAAUAAAAGUUUCAGAUCCAAAACAGAAGGAUCCAUCUAAGGCGUCAAAGACCAUAGGCUUGUUUGCUGCCUCCAGCCCUGCACUAGAGGCAGCGAUGGCAGCUGCUGUCAAGGUGACUGACGCCGAGGCAAAAGCACAUGAUGCACAUGAUCAGAUGAUGGAGGCAGAAAGGAUGCUGAAGAUGGCUGAGGAUACCGAGUCUAUCCUCACAAUUGCAGCAGAGAUCUAUGAUCGAUGUUCAAGGGGGGAGAUAACCACAUUAGUUCCAGUGGCGCAAAGGGAGUUUUGAAAUCUAUUGGAGACUCUUGUCUUGUACAUGGGAUAGGUUUUGGAAUCCGGAGGCCCUUACUUGGGAUAUGCCCUAGGGUUAAUAACAACAGCGCACCGCCUGUCUUCAGACUUUGUAAUGAUAUGUAAUCCCAUCUUUCCCAUUCCCAGCCUGUCACUGCAAGCUGCGGUCGUGAAUCCUGAUGGCAGUAAAGUUUUUUUUUUGUUGACAUGACGAAAGAAUAGAGCAGGAAAAAGUGGUUUAAACAGAUGAGGUAGGGUAGUAGGAUGGUAAAGUGUUACUGGUAUAAGAUAAUAUAAUGUGCCGCAGUUAUUUUCC